AUGCCCAUCGCCAUCACUGUGGAGCUGGCAUUACAAAUAGCAGAUCAAUUCAAAGUUCUUGGGCAGCCCAUUGGAUUAAAAUCAUGUGUGAUCAUAGGGGGUUUGGACAUGAUGAAACAAGCCAUCAACUUGGCACAAAAACCCCAUGUUGUCAUAGCAACCCCAGGAAGAUUAGCGGACCACCUCAAGAGCACAGACACUUUAAAUAUUGGCAAAAUACAAUUUUUAGUGCUGGAUGAAGCAGACAGAUUACUUGAUCCUUCAUUCGGAGAUGAUCUGGCUGUCAUAUUUGACAAAGUGCCGAAAAAGAGACAGACACUUUUGUUCAGUGCCACCUUAACAGACACCAUAGAAGAACUGAAGAAAGUAUCAACAGCAGAACCUUUCUGUUAUGAAGUGAAGUCAGAUGUUGCUACUGUAGCAGAACUGGAUCAAAGAUACCUUCUUGUUCCUGCCAACGUACGAGACUGUUACUUAGUACACUUAUUACGAGAACAAGACCAGCAGAAAUCUAUCAUUGUCUUCACCCACACAUGUAAAAACUGCCAAGUCUUGGCUUCUAUGUUCCAUAAGGUAAAACUCCCAUGCGUAACUCUUCACUCCCUGAUGUCACAAGCACAGAGACUUUCAGCUCUAUCCAAAUUCAAAUCAGGACAUGUAAAAAUUCUCAUUGCAACAGAUAAUGCUAGUCGUGGUCUAGACAUACCCACUGUUGAACUGGUUGUCAAUAGCAAUGUGCCGGCAUCACCCAAAGAUUAUAUUCACAGAGUUGGACGAACAGCCAGGGCUGGAAAAGGUGGCAUGUCUGUCACCUUGGUAACACAAUAUGAUGUCGAAAGGGUUAAAGCAAUUGAAGCUGUCAUUAAAACAAAGUUGACAGAGCUCAAAACCUCUGAGAAGGAAGUACUUUCUCUUCUGAAGGGUGUGUUAGUUGCUAGACGGGAAGCUGAACUCAGAGUUAGGGACAGUGCCAUUCUUGAGAAACGAAAAGUUAACAAGCGAAAGAAAGACUUGUUGGAUUUAAAGGAACCUGUUGCUAAACACAAGAAAAAGAAACAAAAGCAUUCCACAUAAUAUUUAUUAAGAUAGUCAACAUUAAUUUUGUUAGUUUACAGGUACAUCAUAUUUGUCCAAGAAAUCAAAAUAUUUAAUGAAAAUAUCAACCCUGAAUCUUAAUUAUAAAGACUUACAGUUAUUGUCCUAU